AGAUGAUUGGUGACGAAACGUCAUAGAGAAAACCUUCUUUCGCUUCCCAUCGAGCAACGUGAAAGGCCGACCUUCAGUCUUCGGACUCCCCCCCAGCUCCGUGUGACCUCCGGAAACUAUAGGAUCGCAGGGGAUGUUGUUGCUAUAGUUGUUGCAUCAAGAUGUCUGCCCCAACACGGCUAACAACGUGCAUUGGUCGACGGGCAGCCUCCUCGGCAGGAAACGCAAACCUCCGCGCCCGACCUCUCCAAAGCAUAUCCAGUGCCUCCCUGCGUGCGCUGCACAGCUGCCGGCCUAGGCGACCGGCAUCCUGCAGUCCGCGUGUCCCAAUUGCCGCACAAUCUCGAUUCUUCGCCUCCACCACCCGCCGUCCCUUAGCCGAGGUCAAUGACUCCUUCGACCCCAACUCCAUUGAACGGGAGAGCGACGAAGUAGAUGUCUGCAUUGUCGGCGGUGGCCCGGCGGGUCUAGCAGCCGCUAUCCGCCUGAAGAAACUUGCCAACGAGGCCGGCAACGACGAGUUCCGGGUGCUGCUGCUCGAGAAAUCCGGCGAGCUGGGCGCGCACAUCCUCUCCGGCGCCGUGAUUCAGCCGACCGCGAUCGAGGAGCUGAUACCCGACUGGCUGUCGGAAGACAAUGCGAGCCGCUUCGAGGGCGCGACCCCGGCCGGCGAGGAUCGGAUGCGCUUCCUCACCAAGGGGAGCGCGAUCCCCCUCCCCGCUCCGCCGCAGAUGCACAACCACGGCAACUAUAUUGUUAGCCUGAGCGAGUUCACAAAAUGGCUUGGGGAGCGGGCUGAGGAGGUUGGCGUGGAAGUGUAUCCUGGUUUUGCGGCGAGCGAGGUGCUCUACAAGUCGGACGGCAGCGUCUUGGGUGUCGCGACGAACGACCUUGGCAUGGCGAGGAGUGGGAAGCCCAAGGAUACAUUCGAGCGAGGCAUGGAGUUUCAUGCAAGAGUGACGCUGUUUGGCGAGGGCUGUCAUGGUAGCCUGAGCAAGCAGGUCAUCAAGAAGUUCGACUUGAGAAGCGACAGCCAACCGCAGACAUACGGACUUGGGCUCAAGGAGGUCUGGGAGGUGCAACCUGAGAAGUUCCAAAAGGGAGAGAUUGUCCACUCCAUGGGAUACCCCCUCCCCUUUGACACGUACGGUGGCGGUUGGAUGUACCACUUUGGCGACAACCUCGUCAGCGUUGGGCUCGUCGUUGCCCUGGAUUACUCGAACCCCUGGCUCUCCCCCUACGGCGAAUUCCAGAAACUUAAGCAACACCCCCUUUACAAGAGUGUUCUUGAGGGUGGGAAAUGCAUAUCUUAUGGCGCGAGGGCCCUUGUUGAAGGGGGCUUCCAGUCGAUCCCAAAGGUGGCUUUCCCCGGAGGUGCCUUGAUCGGCGACUCGGCGGGCUUUGUCAACGUCCCCAAGAUCAAAGGCAGCCACAACGCCAUGAAGUCUGGCAUGCUUGCGGCUGAGGCGGCUUGGGACGCAUUAAAGGGCGGCGACAGUGGAUCGGUAUUCUUGUACGACUACGAGGACAGUCUACGGGAGUCAUGGAUUUGGAAAGAGCUGAAGGAAGUUCGCAACAUGCGACCAUCGUUCCAUUCUCCCCUUGGACUCUACGGCGGCAUCAUGUACUCCGGCCUCGAGGCGUUUAUUCUCAAGGGGAGGGUGCCAUGGACGUUGAAACACAAAGUAGCCGACCAUGCGGCGACGAAGCCUGCUGACAAGUGCAAGAAGAUCGAGUACGAGAAGCCUGAUGGCAAGAUCUCGUUUGACAUCUUGACGAGUGUUUCGCGGACUGGCACAAACCAUGAGGAGGACCAACCUGUGCAUCUACAGGUCAAGGACUGGGACAAGCAUGCACAGGAGACAUACCCCACGUUUAAGGGCGUCGAGAAUCGGUUCUGCCCAGCUGGUGUCUACGAGUACGUCGAAGACGAAUCCAAGCCAAACGGCGUGCGUUUCCAGAUCAACGCGCAGAACUGCAUUCACUGCAAGACAUGCGAUAUCAAGGCUCCGAACCAAGAUAUCAAUUGGCAAGUACCUCAAGGAGGCGAGGGACCCAAGUACUACAUGACAUAAGCCAGAAAGGGCCUCGCGCACUUGGUCUCGCUCUUGAGCUUUUUUGGAUCAUUUGUAUAUAUUAUGGAAGGCAGUGAGUGGGCAGGUGGAUGGCGGAGUUUUAGAAAACCCUAAGGGGGCCAUGGGAGGAUGGCAAAGGACCACACGGGCCUUCUAUAUACUAUAAAGACAUAUGACUUGUAGGAAGCGAAAACGCGUCGACGACGCGAUGCCGUUGAGUCGACGCGCUCCUGGCUAUCAAGUUCGUUUGCAACAGCCAAUCAACACUUCAGAUGAAAA